AUAUAGUGAGAUCAUGAAGGACACUCCUCACCAUCAGCAUCAACAUAUUUGCAUGUGUUUUAGUGGUUGAGUUUGGAAGAAUAUAUUCAUUUCUCUCCUCUCUUAAACCUCUAUUUCUCGUGUAAUUGUUGUUGUUGAAGUCAAAAAAAUGGCAAUCAGUCACAGCACUUUAGCUUUAACCUUUGGCAUGCUGGGUAACAUCAUUUCCUUCUUGGUAUUCUUGGCUCCAAUAUCAACAUUUUACCGCAUAUACAAGAAGAAAUCAACUGAGGGAUUCCAGUCACUACCAUACCUAGUGGCUUUGUUCAGCUCCAUGCUUUGGUUAUACUAUGCAUUACUCAAAAAAGAUGCUUUUCUUCUCAUUACUAUCAACUCAUUUGGUUGUGUUGUAGAAACCAUAUACAUCCUAUUGUAUAUCAUUUAUGCACCAAGAGAUGCAAGGAACUUAACUUUGAAGUUACUUUCGGCGAUGAACGUGGGAUCCUUUGCUUUGAUUCUGUUAGUGGCAAACUACGCGGUGCAUGGUUCGGUUCGUGUUCAAGUUCUUGGAUGGAUUUGUGUUUCUCUUUCUGUUAGUGUCUUUGCAGCACCACUAAGCAUUGUGGCACAAGUUGUUAGAACAAAGAGUGUUGAGUUUAUGCCUUUCAAUUUGUCAUUUACUCUCACAUUGAGUGCUACAAUGUGGUUUGGUUAUGGUCUGUUCCUCAAGGACAUAUGCAUUGCGCUUCCGAAUGUGUUGGGCUUCGGUUUGGGAUUAGUUCAGAUGUUGGUGUACGCCAUUUAUAGGAAUCGCGGUGAAAAAUCGAUUAAAAAGGAAAAGAUGGCGCCAAUUGAGGCACUCAAAAUUGUUGUAGAGAGCAAAGUGGAGAAGAACAAGGAUGGUGAUGAUGAUGAUGAUGAGAAAAAGGAUAAAAGUGAGGAUCUUAUAGCUUGUGGAGUUUAAAUGUGUUUAUUUGAUAUGACAUUGAAUAUGUGAGAAAUACUGAUUUUUCAUAAUCAUAUAUUCAGUGUAAUGUCAAAUAAGUAUGUUAUUAUUUCGUGAGCACUAUAGUAUAGCCACGAUUUCUAUCUUUCUAGCUUUCAUUUCUUUAGUUAUAGCUACUUGCAUGUGCUAGCUACUUGAUUCUGUCUUUAAGCUUUCGCCAUUCGAUCUUGUAUUGUAAAUCUUGCCAUCCAUGAAUUAAUGAAGCUUCACCUUUUAUGUCAA